UCUCUCUCUCUCUCUCUCUCUCUCUCUCCCACAAACUUCCAAACCAAGAGAGAAUUGAUGGAAAGGGAGAUUCAUUGCGAGUUUUAUUCUCUUUGUUGUCCUCUGAUAAGUCCACGAUGAAACAGCAGACAAUCACCCUUAUCUGCUCGAUCAGCCCUAUUCUUGAUCCCUCCUCUGGUCUUGACAGUCCCAAGGAGACAUGCUUUUGGUGAACCUCAAGCACAUCCCUCCUCGCCAUUCCACGAGCUGCAGAUUCAGGAAUCCUCAGCCCCAUGGCUCGGCUUGAGAUCAAGAGCGGCGUGGCGAGGUUUGGACGUCGCGGAACUGGUUCACGCUCUGCCGGGUCGCUCUCGGCUUCUCCAAUAUGACCAUGGUUCCCGCUCAAAGCCUCUCUGAUAAACACCGCCGCCGUCACCGUCGUCGUGGUCGUCAAGUUUGCAGCAGGUUCUUUGGUUAUGCUGAUUGUUGCGACGCAAUCGGCAGCAGCGAUUACACAGCUUGUUGUGGGGUUAUGAGCCGAGCCGAAGCCGGGUCAAAUGAUUAUUCUGACAAAAUUACUUGCGUAGGAGGAUCUGAUCUGGUGAUUGGUCCGGUAGCAAUGGCCGAGGAUGAAUCAAGACUCACUGGCAGUCUCAAUGAAGCAGCAGCCUCUAGCUCAAAGGACGUGGCUCAUCACGACGACCGCAAGGACGAUGAGGGUUGGCUACAGUUGAGUAUAGGCGGUGGCCACGUCUCGACCACGAUUGCUACACGCGGCGAGAAUCACGACCGGACAGAUUUGAGCGUCAAAAGAGACGCCGGACUCAUUGAGCUUGACCUGCUAUCCAGCGGAAAUUUGCAACGGACGGGUCCAUUGCCAUUACCCCCCGCUCUCACUGUCCCUAAGGCCGAGCUCAAUCCGUCUCCUAGAACGCCGCCGACGAAUUUCACAGGCGCGACAACAAGUUUUAGCACGUCAUCGUUUAGUUAUUUUCAAUACCCAGUUGGCGGAAGUAGCUCUACUGAUUUCCCUCAUCACCAAGUGAUUAACUGGGCAUUUAGGCCUCCUUAUUCGUACCCACAAAGCCUCGCAGCUUCUCCGUCGUCCUUGCCUUUGCCGUCCUCCUCCUCUUUAUCUUUGACGCCGCUCAGACCAUACUUCGCACGACCAUUUCAGCUACAAAUGGGAGUGGACGUGGCGGGGCCGAGCUCGGACAUUGGGAUCAUUGAUCCCCCAAGAAGACCCCAUUCUGGGAUUUGGUUUAUGCUUCAAGCAUCCCAAAACCAGGCAAAAGAACCGUUCCUGCCUCAAAUACCUAAGAGCUACCUGAGAAUCAAAGACGGAAGGAUGACCAUAAGAUUAAUCAUGAAGUAUUUGGUCAACAAGCUGAGACUCGGUAGCGAAUCAGAGCAGGUCGAGAUAAGAUGUAGAGGGCAACACCUGCGGCCGAGCUUGACGUUGCAGCACGUGAGGGACCAGGUUUGGAGCACCGGCCAGAGGGUUCAGGCGGUGACUUUGCUUCCAGAGUCCUCCACCGCGGAUCAUCUCAUGGUGCUUCACUAUGGACGAAGCAGCGACGACGGUUGAUUAUAAUCCCCCGGCCAUCAAUUAAUUAACCGGAAAAAAGGGAAGAAGAAGAAGAAGAAGAAGAAGGUGAUUAGUGUCAUUUCCCCCUGUCAUAAUCCAUGUCGAUUAACCGAUUAAUCGGCUCUCUCACGUUAAAUUAUUGUGGUCAGCACCCAGCUCUUCAUUCUUUCUUUCUUUUUUUCCUCUUUUCCCCCUCUUUUUUUAUUGGCCACUCUCUCUCUUUAAGUUAAUUCUCUAAUUGGUGGAGAAAAAAAACUCUAAAAUUACUGAACUUGGAAAUAAAUUUUUUUGGGUUUAGUAGAAUGAAUCUGCAUGGGACCCGGCUUGUUGAAGGGUUCAUAUUUA